AUGAACUYUCUGAAGCGCUUUCUCGCCUUGUUUGCAACAGCGCUCCUCGUAAUACUAGGACCAUUCUUCUUCGGACUUCACUUUUCCACCAUUCGAACCGCAUCCUUGGACAUUCUCGGCUCCGCCUCGACUUCGCAAACACUUCACCUUCUAGUACCCGCAACAUGUGCAAACCUCAACUUCUGCCGGCUCUUGCUUUCAGCUGCGGUCACUGGCUACCCCGAGCCAACUCUCAUAGGGUGGGGAGGAAGAGGCAUCUACAAUGGCACGGAGUCGCAUUUGUUCAAGAUCACCGAGACCUUGACAUAUCUUCGCUCUCUCCCACCUUCCGCGGACAAUGAUUUGGUGCUAUUGGUGGACGGCUAUGACAUCUGGUUGCAGCUUCGCCCCGAUGUGAUGAUCUCAAGGUACGCCAAAGUCCUCAAGACAAACGACGACCGAGUUCGACGAGAUGGCAUUUUGGGAAAACAGACCGUCGGCAGCCAAGUCCGUAACACAAUCAUCUUUGGUCCGGAUAAGGUUCAUUGGCCACAGGGAGUGCUCGACCCAGCAGUAUGGGCUGCGCCAGAGUCGACCCUCCCAAGAGAUGCAUUCGGUCCUCGAACAGAUACAGACCUCCACACAGUCAGACCUCGAUAUUUGAACAGCGGCACGAUCAUGGGACCAGUUAAGGAUGUGCGAGAUAUGUUCGCCGCGACAUUGGAUAUGUUGAGUGCAAGAUAUGAUCCAGAAUGGAUCUAUUCCUACAGCGAUCAAUACAUUUUCGCAGAAGUUUGGGGAGAGCAGGAGGUGAAUCGGAGGAAGCUGCAGUAUGGUGCUCAAUUUGCGACGAAGCCCAUGUCAAUCAACAAGGACAUUGUCAUUCCGGAUAUCCCGGCUGAGAAGAGGGUGGAAUAUCAUAUAUGUCUCGAUUACGAAUCUGAGCUCUUCCAGGCCGCCACGGCUUGGGAACGAUCGCUGGCUUGGAUGCGAUUCAAUGACAGUACACCUCUCCCAAAGGAAGGGAAGGRAGUCUGGAGCGAGAGCGCGAUGAAGUCUUGGACUUUGAGGCAAGACGUACAGCAGUCGGAACCUCCUUUUGCAGCAAUGGAGAAUCCAAGUGCUGGAAGCUGGGAGGAGGUCAUGCUGGGAACGAAUACAGUGUCACAAAAUCCGUUCCCACUCUUUCAUAUCACGGGAAAUAAAGCGGUGCGGGACUGGUGGUGGCCGAGAAUGUGGUGGCAUCCAGAGGGCGAGAAUCUGUUAAGGGCGGCGAAAGGAAAAAUUGUUGAGUCUUCGGCCACAGAGCAGAGCUUCAUUGCAAUAGACGGCAAAGAGUGGUUUCCUGGGAAGCCUGUACAGGCACAGCCGCGUGUUGACGAGGUUGGCAAAGGUGGUGCGUGGCAGGCCUCUGGGGAGUGGUUGCCGUGGGAUGGGAUGUGCAGCACGCAUGAGCCGGUGCUUUUCUUAAAAGAGAAGCCUGCUGAAGAGGGUGCAGAUUAG